GAAAGAUCUGCAGAUUGUAGUGGACAAAAGUCAAAAAGGUGGAUACACUUGACUGUUUUCAUCAUUCUGCUUUUAUGGUCUAGUACACAAAUACUUGUGACACUGAUUAAACACAACCUGUAUUGUAUCACAAAUACUUAGAGAAACUGAUUAAACACAACCUGUAUUUUGUCACAAAUACUGAGUGAAACAAUUUGUGACAAUAAGUAAGUGCUCUUAACCUAUUUCAUUUGAAAAACUAUAUCCACCUAGUCUCAGUCACAUGAUAAAUUGUAGUUUUACGCUUGCUGGAUCUGUAUGGUUUGUAAGUUGCAAAAUUAAUUUUUAUUUUUCAGAGUAUGAGAAAAUUGCAAGCACAGCCAAGGUUCUGGAGGAGGAGGUUAAAGAGUGAGUCAGAUUUCAUGGUGUCAAUUGUUACCCCACUGUCUAGUUUAAUGCUAAUAAUCAAAUGUUAUUUCUUUUCAAAAAUAAAAUCAAAUUGGUGACAAUAAUUUUUUGUUAGGGAAACGUCUCUCUCAUUUCAUUCUAAAUAUCAUAAAUUUAUACAGAUAUAUAAUAAGUUUCUUAUUUAAGCUCAUAUAAAACUUUAUGUGAAAAUUUCAGGCUUCACAAUCAAAUCCUUGACAUUGGUGGAGCUAAACUUGGUGCUGUCCAGACCAGGCUGAAGGCCAUCAAUAAUGACAUUGACAAAACUGUUGGUCAGAUAACAAAGAACAAUGUGGGGGUGAAGACUUCAGAAAGGUAAAUGGAUUUACAUUUAAAAUUCUUUAUGAAACAUGCACCAAGACAAUUUUUUGGAUAUUGCUGUUGGCUAGUUUUGUUUUUUGGCCUACAAUGUCUGAUCCUCAUUGGACACUCCAUUCUGAUGGAAUUUUAUUUAUGCAGUCCUGGUUAGUUGCAUGAGAACUCUGUGUAUGUUCAGCUCGUGAAUUUGUCUAAUUUUGAUAAGUAUCUCUAAUAAAAUAUUUCUAGUUAACCUAAGAAUGCAUUGGUGCACAAAUGGAUGCACAUCAAUUUAGGUUACCAUCCAUUGGAUUUAUAAUUCAUCCUAAGUAUAUCUCUCAACAGCAGAGGUGAUGUUUUUAUUUUUCAACAAUUAAAAUUAUUACCUUAGCAAUAGUAUAUAAGUUUAUUUCCAAAUCAUAAUAAAGGUUUAUGGGAUUUAAAAGAGAAACAAAUGUGAUAUGUAAAUAUAUCAAAAUGUGAAUUUUCCUUGUCUAGAAACUUGAAACGGUCAGAGGAAAAAAUUGCAUCACUUCAUGAAGAGAUUGAGGAGACCAAAGAACUUGUUCUGACCCUGGAACAGAAACUAAAAUCUCAUGAAGGGGUAGCCACCAACCUGUUGGAGCAGUUUGAGAAAUUUCAGGUAAAACAAAUCUACGAAAAAAUAAGCACAAAUAAAAAGAAGUGCUAGAAGCUCUUUAGAUAUCUGAAAUAUAAUUUUGUUAAAGGUUAAGGAAAAUCCCUUAUUAAUCGAUUAAAUCCAAUGAACCUUGUAGAUUUGUUAGUUAUGAAGUACAUGUUUACCAUAUUUGAUAUCUCUUAUAUAUAUUUUGCUUCUGGUAUGUCCUGCUGCCUUUUCACCCCUGACCCUCCCCCCACUCAACAUGUCUUAUAUCACUUAGUACAAAGCACAAAGAAAAAAAAAAAAAAAAAAAAAGCUGUGACGCAGCGAGCGUCAUGUGGGACGAUUGAACUUGGGUUUAAAAAAAUUAAAUUUUUUUGUUAAGUGGGAGACAAAUAUAUUAAUCAAUAAAGAGCCACGGGUAUGAUGUAGGACUGUCUGUUGGCCUAUUGUUUUAAGCCAGCAGGUAGUGUGUAGGACUGUCUGUAGGUCUAUUGUUUAAAGCCGGCAGGUAGUGUAUAAGACCGUCUGUGGGCCUAUUGUUAAAAGCCAGCAGGUAGUGUGUAGGACUGUCUGUAGGUCUAUUGUUUAAAGCCGGCAGGUAGUGUAUAAGACUGUUGGCCUAUUGAUUAAAGGCCGGCAUAUAUUGUAGAUAAUCAGAGAUUAACACUUUUUAAAAAUGCUUUAUAUUUACUUCACUUUUGUUUGUGGCUGGUUGACAAGAUCUUCUGACGACUAAUUAACCCACUUCCGCCAUCUGCUAGAGCUGAAACUUGGCACAAAGACUCGUUACGGAUUACACAUUCUCUCAAAUUUUGAGCCCUACCCUAGAUUUUCCUGUUUUUCACGGGGGAGAUGAAGGAAAUAUGAUUUCAUGAAAAAAAUCCCUGAUAACUAUGCUAAAUUAGAUUAUUUAAAGAGAAAAAAAUCGCAAGUGUGUUUUCUAAAAGGGUUGGUGAAAUAUUUCUAUGAUGUAAAAGUGGUUGGGUAAUUAGAAUAUUAAUAUAGUUCAGGGGUGUGAAAAAAUGUGCAGUUACGAGUAUUGAGGGGUUAGCACUCACUGGGAUACUUAAGAAAGUGAGUUACUGAUAUGAUGGUUUUGUCAAAUCUUCAAGCCCCCCCCCCCCAUUACAUUUUAUAAAGAUUUUAUACGGAAUAAUUUGUUUUUGGGGGUUGUUUGUUUUGUAACACUUGGACCCACGGGGUAUUUUCUCAACCUGGUGUAAAAAAAUUACGCCCUAAUAUUUCUAUUUUUUAGAGUAUUGAGGGGUUAGCACUCACUGGGAAACUUAAGAAAGGGAGUUACUGAUAUGAUGGUUUUGUCAAAUCUUCAAGCCCCCCCCCCCCAUUACAUUUUAUAAAGAUUUUAUACGGAAUAAUUUGUUUUUGGGGGUUGUUUGAUUUGUAACACUUGGACCCACGGGGUAUUUUCUCAAACUGGUGUAAAAAAAUUACGCCCUAAUAUUUCUAUUUUUUAACAUUUGUUUGGUAAAGGUAAUGUCCACAUUGUUAGUCUUGGUAUGUGGUAAACCAGUCAUGAAGAAAUGUUCUUUUUUCUAGUUGGAGGUCAAACAACACGAAGAAAGACUCCAGGGAAUGAAAAAAGUUGUGGAAGAUCUGGAACAAGAGGAGACAGAUAUGGCCAGCGAGGGAAUUGAGCUGCAACACCAACUUGACAAGAUUGAGACCAUCAUAAAAGAAAACCGUGCCAAGAUAAAAGUCUGGAAAAAGGAUGUUAGUGGUUUGAUUUUUUUCAUUUUUAUCGUGGGCUUAAUUCGAGGAUGACUAGGGGAAGCAUUAGGGUUAAAAUCAAUAACUUUUCUCGGAUGGUCCUUUCAUCCUCUUAAUCUUGAUUUUUGUUUAUUGUAUUUGUCCCUUAUUGUGCACAGAGAAAAUGGAAUAUUUGAAAGCAAGUAAAGGUUUGUCCAAAAUCUUUUUGUAAUCUGGCUUUGGAAACAAAAAAUGUAACAUCAAUUCUGAGCACAGAGUUUCUGAGUUUCAGUUGCUGAUAGUUGGCCAAAGUUUCUAAAUCCAUGCUUCAUAUGAACACCUUCUACUUCUGCCCAUUUAAGAUAUAAUUGUAUGCACACAAAAAAGGUCAAUUUAGGUCAAUCUCAUUGAAAAUUUCACCCCAGAGAGGGAAAGUUUUCUCUUUUCAAUGCACCUACAUGAAGGCACAUAAAUGAUGGGUCUUGUCCUCUCAUAGCAAACAUUUACAUUUACAAGAAAAUUUUUUAUUGCAGCUCAGCGUACUAAAACUGACACCAACCAACAGAGAGGAGGAGCAGACAGAAUUAACUUUACCAACGUUCAGUGCAGAAGAGCUCCAGACCCUCAAUAAACAGGAUCUCAAUGUGGGGAUAACUCUUCUGGAGGAAAAAAUGUCCAAGAUGAAGCCCAACAUGGCAGCUAUUGCAGAAUUUAGGAAAAAGGUUUGUUAUUAUACUUGAAGUAAAUCACCUGCUGUAAAUAGUUUAUGUACUUUUAUUGAUGGUAGGUAAUGCAACCAGAUUUUUAUUUUAAAAUUGUCAUGAAAUGAAACGGAUGAUUAAAUACUUCCAUCCUUACAAAUAAUAGUAAAUUAUUUUUAAAGGCAGCUAUUGAUAAGUCCAUGGGUAGUAGCCAUCUCAACGCAAGCACACUCCAAAGUCUGAAUUAACAAAAGGCUAAAUAAUUUUCUGUUAUAUAAAUACUUGGGAAGGGGCAGACUGUGUAGUGCUGCCCCUAGCUCUCUAUACUCCUACCAGUAACUAUUGCACACACUAAUUCAAUCAAAUGACUUAAAAUAAACACUAUUCUGUCAUGUGAUUUAACAGUGACUGUAUCAAAAAGUCAAAUUGUCCAUAUGGUAUUAUUGAAUUGUACAAUAAAACAGCAGCCAUCACACUGAUAAUGUUUCAUUCUUGUAUUUCAGGAAGAGGUUUAUCUUCAAAGGGUUGGUGAACUUGACCAGAUCACCAACUUUCGUGAUGAGCAGCGCCGUUUACAUGACAACUUGCGUAAACAAAGACUUGAGGAGUUCAUGGCUGGCUUUGAGGUUUGUUCUUUGAUUGGUUUUUUUUUGUGUGUUUUUUUUGUCACUUUACAACUGUUUGUGAAGUACUUCAUAAAAGCUCUGUUUCUAUACAUCACAGACUGAAAGUCAAGUGCUUGAAAAAAUUUAUCGUUCACAAAAAUUAUAUAUACAAAUUGUUGUCAUUAUUAAAAAUAUAAAUCAAAGUAACAAAUAUACUAGUUUUUUCUGUCAGCUCAGCUCAGUAAAAUGCUGUAACCAAUGCAUCAUGUUGUUUUCCUCAGGUCAUCACCAACAAACUGAAAGAGAUGUAUCAGAUGAUAACAUUGGGAGGUGAUGCAGAACUAGAGUUAGUUGACUCGUUGGAUCCUUUCUCAGAGGGAAUAGUGUUCAGGUAGGUCAUAGUGUAACUACAUAAUAAACUACACUGACUGAAAUUUACAAGUAAAGGUGCAUUUCAAAGUCAUUUUAUUGGACACUAAAUCACAAAAUAGUAUGAGCUAAGAGAAGAUACAUACUAAAUAGAUCAUUAUGUUUAAAUAAUAUUUACAAGGAUUUAAUAAGCUGGGUGUUCUGAGUUUGUUGUUAAGUGUGCUUUCAAGGAAACAGGAAAAAAUACUUUAACUUGUCAACAGUGUGAGACCACCUAAGAAAUCUUGGAAAAACAUCUCCAAUUUGUCUGGUGGUGAGAAGACAUUGUCCUCCCUGGCGCUCGUGUUUGCCCUGCACCACUACAAGCCGACACCACUUUAUGUCAUGGAUGAAAUUGAUGCCGCCUUGGACUUCAAAAAUGUUUCCAUUGUUGCCAACUACAUCAAGGUUAGUUUUGAGUCACUUGUGCACAAGUUGAUCCCUUAACUCUUUCCCUACGUAUCAACGCUCCCAUCGUCGAUUUGAAAUAAAGAUUUUGGCGUAUCGAAGGUAUAAAAACCUGUUUAUUUCGGUUCUUUUCUUAGCUAUUGGUGUUUAGUUAUUUUAAAUCAAUUCUAGAAUGAUUUCCCUUUGUAUAAACAUCUGGUUUUUCUGUGUUUGAAUGAUGUUUUGCGUAGAAUGAAGUGUUUGAAGCGGUUGUUUUCAUUGUCCAUUUCAUUUUUGUUUACAAACAUGAAAUCUUGACCUGACCCAUCUGGUGAUCGAUCUAAUAAAGUUUGAAAAUAUUACUCUGAUGAUGAUUCAGACAGUGAUUUUAUGAUUUCAAAUGCAGAGGCUGAUUGUGUUGAAUCUUAUGAUUAUAAUCCUAGUACUAGUAUUAAUAGUACUAGUGACGAAAUAAUGAAAUUGGUAAUUCAUCAGUUGAUGAACAACCAGCCCCACCCCCCAGCUAAAGUGCACAUCCAUAUGGAUUGUUUUUUAGGCUUACUAUAGCUAAACCCAGAUGAAAAGAUAUGACAAAUUUAUGGUAAAUUUUCCAUUUACCAUCAUAAAUGUUAGUACAUAGAAGAAUACAGUGCAAAUAUUUUGUAAUAGAAACAAAUUGUUUCCAGUGGAAAUAAAUUUUUUGUGUGACGGUGACAAUGGAUAAUGUGCUCUGGUGUUUAAUUUUUUUUCUGUUUUUUUAAGUUGAUCUUAUUAUUUGUGAUGCACAUAUGGAUAUAGUUCAGAAACAAAAUUUUUUUUGUUAUACUUUGGAUUAUAAAUUUCUCUGACUGACUUGGAAUGAAUGUUUAGCGAAAAUUCUGUAUGAUUUAAAUUUUUUAGUUCUAUUUUCCAUAAAUCAAAAUCACAUGUAUUUAGUAAAUGUAAAGCUAAGUCUGCAUUGUCUGUAUUCCUCUUUAAUUCCAUACCAAACUUUGCACUUUCUGAUGAAAAACAAAAAAGUUAUGAAAGUUUAGAGACAACAUAGUAGCGCGUAACAAAAACGCAAAAUAGAUAAUUCUGUUAGAACAUGGAAAAUAAUUCAGGAGGGAAAGAGUUAAGAAAAUUUCUGAGUGAAAUAGUUACCCGUUGCUCCAUGCAGGGGUGCCACUUUUCCGGGCCAUCCCGGAAUUCCGGAUUCGUGAGGCUAAAUAUUUUUCAGUUCCGGAUUCGCGAGUUUUUAUAUUCUCUAUUUCCGGAUUCGCCAGUUCAAUUUAUUCAAAUACGGAUUCUGUCUGUUUUUUGUUUUUUUUAAAGAAUCAACGUGCAACAGAAUUCGCGAAAAACCAGGAAAAUUCCUUGAAAAUGGACGUUAAUCGCCGAUCUCGUCUAUUUUUAGCCUUUCUGUUGACAGAGAGCUAGAGGUUUCCCCUUGCGCAUGCGCUUUACACUACGCGUUUCGAGUACCGUACUACUUCGAUAGACCAGAAAUAUUUAUUUUCUAUUCACGUCGCCAAUCAAGACAUAUUUGAAGUGUUUGGGUAAGCAAAGUGUAAAAUUUAGUAAAUAUCUUUUUAAUUUAGUUUUUAAUUAUUGGGUAACCAUUAUCAUAAAAAGAAAACUACUCGUCCGAGCGCUGUCUAACAAGACUAAGCUUAGCGUACUUUGUUAUGUAGCUUUACCGUAUGCAGGCGACUUGUAUUUUUUUUUUUAUUAGAAGAGCUACGCGGCGUUUAACUUUUUUUUAAGUUCACUUUACAUUUAAUUACGGAGUAAGCCUUCUAAUUUUAAAUAGGCUAAUAUGAUUAAGUUAUUUUUAUCCGUUCUUUAGAGAGCCUGACAUAACCGUAUUUAGUUAGUUUUUAUUUAUUAGUUAUGCACUCCCGUGUUCUGACUCUGGGUUUACUACUUUACGGUAAUUUGUAAUUCUACUAUAGUAUUCAUAAUGCUCUGUAUUACCGUAGCAGUAGUGCCGUAGUUAAAUUUUAAAUACUGGUAUAAUAUAGUCGAUAUUAUUAUUAUGUAUGCCUUACUAUAAACUAUAAAUCUAAUAAUAUUUUAUUUUGUUUCACUAUUCAGGAUCUAGGCUCAAUAAAAAUAUGUAAUGCCCAACAGUUAACAGUUCCUUUAACUUUAAAGAACUGAUGGGCAUUACAGUUACAGUACAGCAAUUGGCAAUCAUGAUUGAAUAAGCAUUCAAUGAAUACUAUGCUGGAAAUAUUGAUAUCAAGUAUUCAAGGGGAAAAUGUCUGAGUCAAUCAUCUUUAUCACCCAUCUUAGGUGUCCACUUUUGUAACUUCUCAAUUUAUGAAAUUUAUGUGUCAAACUAUGAAACUCUCACACUUGGGAGAUAGUAUAGACACUAAAGUGUGUUGAUUCAAACUAUCCAUUUUCAUCAUAAAGAAGACAACAUUAACUCCAUAUAUGAAAAGAUACUUUCCACUUGUGGUAGCUAUACUUUUGUUCUAAAAUGCCCAGAUAACUCAUUGCAAAAGUUGACUUUUCAAGUCUAAGUAAAUUGAAAAAUUGCUAUUGCUGUAAAUUUAAUAAAUACUAAUAAAUGUUUACAUGUAUACACCUUAAUUGCUUAAUUGUGUUCAUUUGUGAUGUAUCUCAAUGUUUUAUUUGAUAAUUUUAUGCUUGUUUUUAUAUUAAUCAACAAAAUGCCGCAUUGCGAUAAUCAGGAAUUUUGAGUUUCAUUAAGUUUCAGGGAUUGAAAAAUUUGUAAAUGAAGUUUCAGGUUUCAAGAAAUUUUUAGAAAGGGAUUUCAGGGUUCACAGGUUUCAGUGAGUGGCACCCCUGGCUCCAUGAUUCUCAGCUUUGUUUUAUUUAAUUAGUCCCUACUUCAUCUUUUUAUUAUGAAUGGAUUCGUGUGCACUUAUUGGAGAGGGAGGGGCCUGCAUACAUUAACUGAUAUGAUUAACAUGUUGAUUCAAUGAGUAAAAUAUUAUGUAAAUUUAAUUUAUACUUAUUUAAACGUUUUGUUGUUUUACUGAUGUAAGCUUGUGCCCAAACAGUUACUUGUUUAUUCUGUAAAAUAUUAUUUAAGCUAAACAUAUAUUGUUUUAUUCACAAAUUGUUCGUGUCUAAUUAAUUCAGCGAGUCUUUUAACUUGGUUUACAAAGAGCCCAUUAACUAUCAGCCAAGCCUUAAUACUAAAAUGAUAAAUAUCAUCCCCAGGAGCGUACAAAGAACGCCCAGUUUAUCAUCAUUUCGCUGAGGAACAACAUGUUUGAGCUGGCUGACAGACUCGUUGGCAUCUACAAGACGCAUGACAGCACCAAGUCGAUUACAAUCAACCCGUGGAAGAUGGUUACCAGUUUUGUUGACAAGAUUAGGGAACUUCACAACGUUGAAAUGCAUGAUACUUAACAUUAUAUGCUGUUGUCCCCAUCAUACAAUUGUUAAUCAAAGUCGUCUGCAGCUGCUCAGGGCGGGCUGUAAUGUAAUUACUGCUGAUUUGUGUACAGUUUUUUUUCAAAAUUUACUUGGUAUGUCAGACUGAGAGGAAAGGACUAAGGAAGUGACAGAAUUAGGAGCCGACUGAAAUAUUUUAGUUUUGAAUCAAUCUUAAUUUUCUCGAUUUUGGUUUUUUGUGUGCUGUAAAGGUAUUUUUCUUCUUUUCAAAUAACUUAAUGUAAUGGUUAUUCCAUUUACAGGCCCAUGUGCCAUUCUCAAUUGUCUCAUGUUCUGUACAUCA